UUUCAGUUUGCGACGGGGUAUAGCUAAUAUUGAUAAUGCCUUUCUUUGGUGAAAUUUCCCAAGCGCAACAAUGGUCACUUGGGAUUGAUGUGUGGCUUAAUCACACGUCAUUCUCAGCCAUUAUCUCCAUUCUUGAGAAUUGAUGACGAUCGCACAAAUCUGUGCGGCAACUUGUGAUAUGGAUAGUAUAGUUUCAUUCAAUCGAGUUGAUUUAUCCCUCGAGGACAGACCAGAUCGAAACAGAUGCCGCAACCGAAUUCCAACCAACAGCGCAUGCAAAACUCCGAGUAGUUUCAGGGCCAUAGAUGUGUAAAAUUCUCGCACUGAAGAAUGAAAUCUGGUCAAAGCAAGGACUUAAUGAUGACAAGCUAGCCCUGAAUAUCAUCACCAAAGCUCUCAAAAACCUGGUGGCCAAUCACUUUCAUUACAUACAAGUCUAUCAUUUUUCUUGCAGAUGAGGCCAGCUGGUUUGAUAUUGGUGCUCCUGGCCGCUUCCCAUGUUCAAGGAGGCGGAAUCACACAAUUUUCUCAGCUCUUGGCCAAGGUCAAGGGCGUUUCUGAGGAGAAUCUCGUGAGUGGCAAGACCAAGGAUGACGGAGCAACGGUGGUUCAGCCCGCUCGUGAAGGCAAGGCUUUAGAGACUGUCCUACGUGACGAAGAAACGGAAGAUAUUUUUGUGUAUGAAGAGCCAGCUAUUAAGGAGGAUGAGGAGGGAGUUACACUUGGAUCCUUCGGAGGCCAGAGGUCCGACGUCAGAGCUUUUGCAGCUCCUCGAUCAAAUCCUUCCUCAAUGAGUUUAGGCUUCCCUUCAGUGAUGAAUUUCAUGUCCAAUUUCCGCGACAAUGUUGAUUGGAUGAGCUUACAGCCACGACGACUGAAGAAGAGGUCUACGUUGGACCAUUUGGGACAUCCAUCUCACCUCCAAUUGCCUGAAGAAGCCAUUCCAAUUUUGCAACCUCAAAGAAGCUUCCCACAUACUCCGCAUAUCGUUGCUAUUCCUCACCAUGAACAUCAUCAAGCCAGCCACGACCAUCAUGCUCACGAGUCCCAUCAUGACCAUCAUGACCACCACGCUCAUGAGUCCCAUCAUGACCAUCAUGCUCAAGAGGCACACCAUGAGCAUCACGUUCCUCAUUUUGAACAGCUUCAUCGGGAGCCGCUUAUUCCAGCCCAUCACAAGUCUCAUUCCCAUCAUCAUCAUCAGGAGCAGCAUGCAACUCACCACGACGCUCAUUUGCCACAUCACGAAGCGCACGUUCCACAUCACGAACCCCACAUGUUGCCUCAUCAUUCAAGUCACAGUAAUCAUCACGUGAAGAUAUCCACAAAGGAUCAUCAUGUGGCCCAUGGAACGACCACCGCAGGACAUCACACAGCAGUGCAUAAUGAGCACCAUCAGAUUCACGAGGUUGAACAUGCCCCUGAGCAUUCUUUGGUUACACAUCAUCACACUCAUGGCCACAUGGAUCAUCACUCUGGGCACCACGAGGCUGUGGCAAUGGUUACGGUUGCACCUCAUCAUUCACCUCAUCAUGAGGUUGACCCCCAUCAUGUGCAUCAUGCUCCAUCUCAUCAUGAACAUCACGGACAUCAGAGCCAUGAGACCCACCAUGGUCACCAUGACCACCAUGAGACCCACCAUGACCACCAUGACCACCAUGAUCCCCACAUGCACCAUAUGAUGGUCAUGAAUCCACCUCAUAAGGAACCUCUUGGCUAUCCAACACCAGUGCAUGGUGGUUCUUUAGAAGAAAUUUUUGGCUUGCAUACCAAAUAUGGGCAUCCAAAACCUGAUUAUGUUCCACCAAAACCCAAGUAUCUUCCUCCAAAGCACUACGAGUACAAAACAAAGAGUAAGUACGCCGACCAUCCCUUCAGUUUGGAAAUGGUAUUUGGUCUUCCAAUGCCGAAGUACUAUGCUGACUCUUACCAUGAGCCGCUCUCUGAUUAUCAUGAGCCCAAGCCCGCUUAUCAUGAACCCAAACCAACUUACCAUGAACCCAAACCAACUUACCAUGAACCCAAACCAGCUUAUCAUAAGCCUAAACCUGAAUAUCAUGAACCCAAGCCCGCAUAUCAUGAACCCAAGCCUGAAUACCAUGAACCUAAACCGAAAUACCAUGAGCCUAAACCUGAAUAUCAUGAACCCAAGCCCGCUUAUCACGAACCCAAGCCCGCUUAUCACGAACCCAAGCCGAAAUACCACGAACCCAAGCCGGAAUAUCAUGAACCUAAACCAAAAUACCAUGAGCCUAAACCUGAACAUCAUGAACCCAAGCCUGCUUAUCAUGAACCCAAACCUGAAUAUCAUGAACCUAAACCGAAAUACCAUGAGCCUAAACCUGAAUAUCAUGAACCCAAGCCUGCUUAUCACGAACCCAAGCCCGCAUAUCAUGAACCCAAGCCUGAAUACCAUGAGCCCAAGCCUGAAUAUCAUGAACCCAAGCCUGUGUAUCACGAACCCAAGCCUGCUUAUCAUGAACCCAAGCCUGAAUACCAUGAACCUAAACCGAAAUACCAUGAGCCCAAGCCUGAAUAUCAUGAACCUGCCUACCAUGCUGAAGAACCAAAAUAUCAUGUCCCAAAACCGCCAUCGUAUCCUAAAGUGGCUCCCAAAUAUCGAGAACCCAAGCCAGCUUACAAGGAACCAGCACCAGAAUAUCAUGAACCAGCUCCUCAAUACCAUGAACCCAAGCCACAGUAUCACGAGCCCAAACCAGCUUACAAGGAACCGGCACCCCAGUAUCAUGCCCCCAAACCCGAAUACCAUGAACCAAAACCGGCCUACAAGGAACCAACGCCUCACUAUCAUGAGCCACAAAAGUCUUACCAUUCUCAUAGCGGAUAUGUGACCCCAAAACACGGUGGAUCUUUAGAAGAGAUUUUUGGCUUGGAUUCCAAAUACGGACACCCCAAGAAAGACUACAACUCUCCUUCUCAACUUUAUAUCACACCCCGUCCCGACUAUAAGCCUCCCACUUACAAGGCCAAAGUGGAAUACCAUCAUCCAGAGCCCGAAUAUAAGUCACCGUCUUACAAAGCACCUCCCCAUCAUGGGUACAUGAUUCAUUACUUGCCAUAUGAGGGUUACAAACCCCUCCACCCCAACAGUCAUGACCACGGACCAAGCAUCCAUGACUCGGCCCACAUUGUUGUUCCCAGUCCCCACCCGCGACCACCAGCCUUUUUAGGUCGCCGCCAUAAGCGCUCAGCCCAACAAGGUCAGUUUCUACAAUCAAACAAUCAAAAUUCGGCAAAUGAAGGUACCAGUCAUGGCUUAGAAUACUCUAAUGGCUCAACUACUAACGACCUGCCAUUAUGUACUACUAAUGAAUCAAUAGAUAAUUAUCAAAGACCUUGUAUCCUACCCGACUACCAAUUUCAAGGUCCUGGAGGUAUUGUUAUCAGGCCCCCACAAUCUCAUCCUAUCAUACAAAUAUUUGUCCCACGAACUAAUACCUUACCUCAAGUAGCAUUGCUUCCAUAUAAGGACUCAACUGUUAGACGAAAUACGAGACAAGUAGCCAAGCCUCCCCCAAGGUGGCCAUUGACCCGACAGCCUCUUCGACUCAACAUUACGACUCGACGACCAGACGCCAUACUCAAACAGCUCAAAUCUCGGACCAUUCCCGGACCCUCAACUAUUGCCAAUGUGUCUCCAGUCCAGUCACAAGGAAGCAACUUGCCACCUAUCAAUGACUUUCAUGAGGAGACUCUUGCAAACCCAUUCCUCCGCCACAAGCCAACGGCUCCGGCCAACUUGGGAAAAGCUGUUUGGCCUUUUCUCCCUUCUCCCAAGUUCACACCUGAUGAUUUUAUGCCUACAACGACCACAGCCUUGCCUACGACGACCGCGGCCUUGCCUCGAACGACCACGGCCUUGCCUCGAACGACCACGGCUUUGCCUAAGACGACCACAGCUAUGCCAAUGACUUUGGAUGUUGUCCGCUCUGCUAAGCUUACGGUGAAGGACGGUUUUUUUGCAGCUCUUUCUAAUCCUUCUACGUUUGGUCAGAGGUCAUCUUUGGACACUGAAGAUGAUGAGACAAAUCUAAUAAUUCCAGAGUCUGAAGAUUUUACCAACCAGCCAAGACGAGGUUUGCAGGUAAAUACCACCAACGAUGAGAAGUCAGUCCCAUUGCCUCAAAGAGAAAGAAUUCCACCACUUCAACAAACCCGAAUCAUUCCACUCUCAGCAUUUCUGGCGUUACAAGAUGAAGUGGAAGAAUUCGGGCCAGAUUCAUCAAGAAUACCAGAGAGACAAGACGAUCCAAUUAGUUCUGAAACAGAUCAGCCAUCAACGGCCUUUGAAAGCAUCACCACCAUGAAGCUAACUGAUUUUCAAAAACUCUUCAAAAGCGUGGACCCGACCGAAUUUAAGCUCCCCAAGAAUUCUUCAACCUGGGAAGAUGUUAAUCCCAAGAUCAAGGUGUCUGAUCUUCAGGCUUUAUUGAAUACAGCUCGCACUGGCUCAGCCCCAAAAGUCCCUUGGGAUGAGACGAAGAUUCAUGGAGAGGCGAAACCUCAAGAGGAGGCGACAGUUACUCUCAGAACAACAGAAUUGAAGAAACUGUUUCAACAUCUUAAUUCUCAAGAGGAGAUCAGCACUCAGGCUCCGGAUCAAACCAGCGUAGUGACGUUGAAAACCAACGAUCUUCAAGACCUUUUUACUGCGUUGGACCCCGUGGAAUUCAAAGAACCCGAAGCAGGAGAAUGGCUUGAUUUCAAAACGUCAAGGCAAAGGACAAAAGACGGGUCAGUAUUUCAUUUUACUGGAAAUCCCAACGAUGCUCUUACUCCCAAGUCAUUGCCUCUUCAAUCGAGUGACACUGAAGAGCACAACGAGAUGCAGAAACUCAUCGGGCUCAAGAAGAAAGUGUCGUCAAUGAUCAAAGAGCAUGAAAACAAAAUCAAAGAGCAAGAAGAGAACCCAAGUCACCGACAGAGGAAAAGGUUGCAUUCGUUGAAAAGAAAAGAGAACCGAUUGAACACUAUGAUUGAGCAACUCCACAAAAUAAGCCGCCCCAAGCCCGAGGAACGUGUUCCCAAAAGUCAGCAACUUCGAGUUUUGCCCAGACCAACGUUGCGAACGGUCGGAGAGGACAUUCAAAACUUUGACCAGUUCUCGCCCAACCAAUUCAAAACUCCUUCCACAGGAGAGUGGAGUUAUAGAACAUCUUUCGCCAAUCUGAUAAAAGAUGAGGCUAAGAAGGUUCAAGAAGGAAAGAGUGACCAUAAGGCAAUGGUCGAGGUUGUUUCAGCAUUGAGGGCCUCCGAAUUUGAGCCUCCCAAAGGCAAAGUUUGGAACAUGGAGUCAGCUGAAAAGCUUCUUCAAAAAAUCAAUCUGACACCAAAGACUUCAUACACGACUCCAGCCAAACUAUUCUUGGCUCCACCAGAAAUCAGAAGGGUUCCAACUCCGUCCCCUUCAGAUGCAGCAGAGGAGCUACCUUUCCCGUUAAAAUUCAUUGAUAGACUACGUGGUCCCCCGGGUCCUCCUGGGCCUCAGGGGCCCACUGGCCCGAGGGGCCCCAUUGGCCCUCCAGGGCCUCAAGGUGAGCCGGGGACUCAUUUUAUGGAUAUCUUCAACAAUCGACCGCAGGAUAUCCCAAGCGUUCAACCAAUUCGUCCUCCAAAACUGCCAUUGGUGACGACGGAAGUCCCUGAUCUUGGUGAUUACUACGAAGACAUUGAAGAGGAAGAGGAGGAAGAGAAGGACGACAACGAGGAUGGAGCGGAGGAAAACGCCUCCACUUUACUCACCGAGGGUAAACUGAAGAGUAUUCUUAAGGAAAUUAUGCAGGAGGUCGGGGUCAGCAAUGAGAGUGAAAUGGAAAAGAUAAUCGAGACCACAAGAGUUGUCAACCAAGGAGAACAACCCCAAGUUAUCAUUAUUCCCAAUGGAAACAAUGGUGGAAAACCUAUUACAAUUUCAAUUAGCGGAUCUGGCGUACAUGUGCAAUCGGAUUCACUAAUCACCGACCACGACGACAUUUUUGGACAUCCAUCAGAGAUUGAAAUACUUGAUAAUCGAGGCGAGCUGAAUCAAAAGCCAGCCAAAUUGAUCUUUAAAGAGAAUGGUAUCAUUCAAGAGACUUCUAUUGGCAAUGAAGAUCAGGCCCUUGAACCCAUUUCCCCAUUUGAGCAAGAGACAGAUUUUGAGGACUUUGUCCUCCAAAGUGAAGAGCCUGAAGCAAUUCCUGAAUACGAAGUGGAUGAAUUAUCAGAGGUCUCUCAAGACACCCCAGACAAACCCUUCGUCAUUGAACCGAGAGAUUUUGACCAUACCAUCGCUCAUGACACAGAGAAUGGCAAUCUAGAAAUACAACAACAAGAGGCCGCUUUUCCCGAACUCAAUCUAACCGACCAUUUGAAAGAGUUUGCACAACUCCAACUUGAAGAAGUAAUGGACGAUGAGAAGGAAUCCGCCGAACCCGAGGGCUCCAAUAACGCUACGGUUGAGAUUAAUGAAGCCAGAAAAGCUGCUUUACUUCGAGCGAGUGAAAAGCAAGAACUUAUGAUCGAAAACCUUAUCAACGCCGUGGGUCGGCACAGAGAGUCCCAUGUUAAUGAGUCUGAUAUCUUUGAUGAGGGCGAGGUCCAAGAGUUGGAGAAACUAAUUCAAGAACAGAUGACCAUGCUCAGCGGAAUGAAGCAGACUUUGAACGACUUCGACUCCACUGGCGUGUUCGUCGAACAACGCCUUAACCUUCUGGAAGACGCCUCUCAUCGCCAAUUGGAAGUGCUCGAGACUUUGACCAAUGCAAUGCAACAAUUUGAAGUGGAACAAACCAAAACCUUGGAACGAAUUGAACGACUUGAGGCAACUGCCGUUCGGCAUGAGAUGUUUUUAGACCAACUCCAGGCGCAAGACAAGAGAUUCCAGGCCGAGCUGAGACAACGGAUGUUUUCAGAGCAGCAAAAGCAGAACCUGGCCAAGCAAAAGGAUGCGAUUCGCGAGGAAAUCGAACAAGUUGCUCAAGUUUUGAUCAACACAAGAGAGAAAAGACAGAGACAAAUUCAAAGACAAAGACAGCGUCAGCUUUUGCGGAAAAGAAAAGCCCAAGAGCUGCAGCUGUUGCGACAACAAUCAAACUCCCGACCUCAUGAGUCUAGUACACAACAACAACAGCAACAGCAACAACAAACUAGCGAGUCUAGGCCUCGAUUGAGGCCGGAAAGCCCACCCAGUCGACAGGUUAUUGCCUGGUAUCAGAGGUUUGCUGACAAUUACAGAAUGAGAAAGUUGCAGGAUAAAGCCUUGAACCUAAGGCGAACUAUUCAGAGACGGGCCUGAAACUGGGUGCUAGACACUUGAAAUAACAUUAUGCCAUAUAUUUGCUCAACCCAUUCUUAUGUUUUGGCUGGUCCAAUUAACAUUGUGCUUUAUACUCUUGAUGAACUCGAAUAUAUUUGUGGCUUUGUCUCCCAAUCAAAGGA